AGUUGCUGGUAACCGGCUCAGCAUUGAAAUUGCACAGCGUUCUGUAAGGUAGACUUCAGCCAUAUAUUCUUGGUAAGCAUCUCUCGAUUUUUAAAACUGGCACCGAUGAGGAGGAUCCAGGGAAAAAUGGCAGAUGGCUUUAUGGAAAUUGGAAAGCUUUUCUCUUCACCGACUUUUCACUCUCUUUUUGUCAUCUUUAUGUCGGUGCUGAACUUGUCGGUCGCAUCUGAUACGUUAAGUUCAGGUCAGUCCAUUAAAGAUGGAGAGACAUUGGUCUCUUCAGGCCAAAGCUUUGAGCUAGGUUUCUUCUCUCCAGGAAAAUCCAAGAAUAGGUACUUGGGGAUAUGGUACAAAUUUAGUCCUGAAACAGUCGUUUGGGUCGCCAACGGGAACAACCCACUCACUGAUUUAGAUGGUGUUCUCACAUUUAGUGAUGAGAGGAAUCUAGUUGUUCUCAACCGAUCAAACAGUGUCAUCUGGUCUUCGAAUUCAUCCAGGGUUUUAAGAAACCCAGUUGCACAGCUGUCGGAUUCUGGUAACCUUGUUGUUUUAGAGAAUACCAGUUCACAUUCUGGUGAAUGCUCAUGGCAGAGCUUUGACUAUCCAACUGACACCCUUUUAACCGGUAUGCGAAUGGGACAGAACCUCAAAACCGGUUUCGAAUGGCAUCUGACUUCUUGGAAAAGCAUGGAUGAUCCCUCUUCUGGAGACUAUACCUAUGGAAUAAAUGUAGAAGGGUUGCCGCAAUUGGAAGUGCUCUACAAAGGUUUCAGGAAGAUACUUCGAGCAGGUCCACAAAAUGGGGUCCAGUUCCCUGGUACUCCGCAGUCUGAAAGUACCCUAUUCAAGCCCAUGUUUGUUUACAAUGAAACAUGUGUAUUUUGAGUUUGAACCUAUAAGCGAUGACAUCAUCACCAUGGUAAGAUUGAACCAGUCUGGUCUUGUGCAAUGUAUUCUGGGGAAGAAAGGGAGCUCUACAUGGGACGUUAUGGUCUCAAUCCCCCGCGAACCA